CAUAAUCCUGGACCGGUAAAGGAAUCAAUACUCAUCAGUCAUCACUCCCACCCCAGAAGGCUCCGAAAUUUGUCAAGGGUCUCUUGAGAUUCUGAUUUCUGAUUCUGUCCCUUGGCAAAGAUAUCCAUUGUAGGUUCACUGUUACAGUUUUGAGCAAGACCAUGACUGACUAUGGAUCACCUGGAAGCUUUCAAGAUAAGGUGGAGGACAUCGCCAAAAAGGGGACAGCUGAAUCUGUAAAUGAGAUACAUUCAAUGAAUAACCAAAAGACACACCAAGAACCAGAAGAUGACAAUAAAAACAUCAAGGAAACUGCCCAUAAAGGUGAUAAGCUUAUCAUUGAGAGUUUAGUGCAGAGGGGUGCUGCUGGUGAGGUAAAUAUGGAAGCAGAAAUUACUCCUGAUGAUGUGAUGAGGGCCGGAGGGUUUGGAGCUAGAGAUGAUAUUGGUAGUUUUCUCCCUACAGCAGUUGACACCACUGACUUUGAAGCUUCUAUUCGUGAUGCUCGAGGCUAUGAAGAGCCACAAGAAGCCAUCUGCAGACCUGGCCUUGGCUGGAGAGAAACAACUAACAACAAGUGAACACAGUUCUGCCCCAUCAACAAAUGGAGAGUUACUAGAUCAACUUCAUUCCCCACCCAUCCUUUUGGACCGCCUUUUCAUUUCCUUAUAUAUAUAUAUAUAUAGAUUUUGGUUCUGGUGAGAAUGCAAUCUUAUGAAAGAAAUAAGAAUGAAUUUAGUGCUUUAGAUUGUGAGAUCUAAGGGUCAGGAUUGCAUCAAAAUUAGGUGCACCAAAAUGGUUUGAAAAUGCGUCAUGUCGAAAUGCACCAAAAUCCAUUGAAAAUGCACUAUCUCAAAAUCUAAGCGAAGGAUGCAAUCUGAGCCGCACGAUGCAUCAAAUCCAAAGUCUAGAUUUUAUUCUUAUUUCUUUCACCAAGGAGCAUUCUCACGUGAACCGGCUGUGUAUAUAUAUGUGUGUGUGUGUGUGCAGUGUGUGUGUGUGUGUGUGUAUAUAUAUAUAUAUAGUUCUUGGCCUGACAAGUUUGCUUUUGAACAACAUCCUGUAUUGUAUUUGAGUAAUUCUAGUCUCCUUGCUUGUGAAGCAACCAUAAAGUGUUAUGAAGUUGGUGUUAUAAAUGUUUGUUUUGUGAAGCAGCCAUAAAGUAUUAUGGAGUUCUGGUUAUAAAUCUUUGUUAUAUUA